ACGCACCCCGCGGAUUCUGUGGAAAAGCGCAGACUGCACGCUUCUCUACGCCGUAGAAACGAUACGUCAUCUCGUCCGCCAUGUUUUGUCUGAGCCUGACGCCCGAUUCUGAUCCAGGCUCGGAUCUAUCAGCUGUUUGCUCAAAAGAGAUCCCAUGGCUCUUUUACGCAAAUACAUCUGGGUGCUGGUGAUACUGGGGAUGGUUUUUGUGUCGCUGGUGAUCAGCCUCAUCUUCAUCCUCAUCAACAAGUGCAUUUCCAGAAAAGGAGGCAAACAUCGAAUUUUACAGCACCAGGAAAAACCUAACGUCAAAAUCGAGAGCAACAAAUAUCAGCUGACACAACCUGUCACUGACACACCUCCUCUUCCUCCUCGGACACAGUUUCUCACAGCAGAGGCCCAAAGCUAUGAGAACCUGGCUGAGGAAUGUGAGCAUGACGACCAGAGUGACCACGACUACGAGGAGGCCCUGGACCAGAAGCUCGACUGCGUGAAGGUGCAGGAAAAUCUGCUCUGCAAUCAUCCAAACACAAACUCUGGAGUUUCAGACGCCCAGAGUUAUGAGAACCUGGCUGAGGAGAAUGACUACGAGGAGAGUGUGGAUCCACUGCCGGACUAUGUCAAAGUGGAGGAUGAAACCGAGAUUCUUCCCCCUCCUCUCUGCGUUUUGGAUCCAAAUAUGGAAUGUAAUUUUUCUUUAGGUCAGAGCUACGAAAAUCUGGCCGAUGAGAAUGAGUACGAGGAGAGCAUGGAGCAGCAGUUGGACUAUGUGAAGGUGGAGGAUGAGGAGGAGUUCCCUCUUCAUCAGAGCAACGAAGCGAGGGACAACUCCUCCACUGCUUCCACCGAGGACUAUGACGACAUUGGAGAAGAUGAGGAAGACUAUGAUGAUGUUGCAUAAGAUCAAGAUAAAAAAAAAGGGCAAAGACUUUUUCUCUCUCCAACCUUCUAGCUGAGAAGAGCUUUAACAGAUAUUUCGUUUCCCAUCUUUAAUUUUUUUUCACGUUUUAAAAAGCAGAACAUCUGGAGAGAACACUUCGCUUUUGGACACUCAGUUUUACUUUUUGAUUCCUACACAACUUAUUUACUGAUAAUUUCUAGAUUUGUUUAUAGCUGUUUUUCAACCAUUUUGAUUUAAAACCUUGUGAACUGUUUUUUUUAACC